AUGGGGCCGAAAAAAGUGAUCAAGGCCGCGAAGGGCGGCAAGCCUGUCAAGAAACCAGCGGCUGCUCCAGCAGGGGCCAAGUGGCACGCGUCCGCACUCGCAGCUCCCGAGAAGGCAGUCAAGAGCGUGAACGAGGCCGAGGGCGCCAAGUCGGAGGAGGAUGGCGUCCUGGACGAUCGCCAGACCUCCAGGGCCCAGCGGUGCGUUUUCGAGCACAGCCAGGCCGACAUUCGGAAGGACGACUGGGAUAAGUACCAGGAGUUGGGCAGCAAGGAGUGCAAAAUCCCUGGCAAGAUGAAGCAGCGGGCCCAGAUCGUGAACGCUUACGUCAGCCGUAGGGCGACGUACAAAGACUCCGUGCAGGUGAAGGCGAGGACGCUCGAGGCGAUUACAUCUAGGACUGUGUCCAAGGGCAAGGAGGAUGCCGUCGUGGGCAUGAGCAAGAACUGCAUGAUCGGGACCGUGUUCGCAGGGAGCAAACAAUUGUUCCAGGAGGCUAUCAACGAUAACGAGAUCUACGAGAACCCAGAGGACGGGCUGUGGUACAGCCGCACGAAGAAGAUCAGCGUGAAGGACGUGACGUCGCACACGGUCCGCGGCACCAAGACCCAGGAGGCGGCGGACGACAGCACAUUUCGGUCAGCUCUCGCCGACAUGAUGGAGGUCGGCUGCUCGGUGAAGGAGAACUGGCUCCAGGCCCUCAAGGGGCCGCGCGGCAAACCCUCGUUGAAGAACCAGGAUAACAAGCCAGACGCGACCGACGUCAAGAUCCUGCAGGAGAGUUUCGACUCGGUGACGCAGGUCACCAGCGCCAUGAAGAGGGUCGCGGUCGAGCUGCGCAAGACCAACAGCAACGCAGCUGGCAGUGAUAUGGCGCGUCGUGGCGUCCAGCUCUGCCGCGACGUGGUCCCCAGCCAGGACGAGAUCGAGAGGCUCUUGAUGGCGGGCCCCGACAGCACCACCAAGAAGGAGGUCGCGGCUGCCUUGCAGGCGGCCGCGGGCCCCUACAGGCAGCUCAUCGAGUACUACAACGAGCUGGUGGCGAUCCACAAGCACCACCAGAAGGGCGGUUCCUCCUCCUCCGCGGGGGCGAAGUUCAAGGCUAUCACAGGCUAG